UAAUUAGUGGCGUUUUUUAAACGUCGCAUUUGUUAAUAAUCAAAACGGUACCGUUUUGUGCAUAGAAGACCUUUGAAAAACGCCUCCUAAUCCUGUCACUCUUCACACCCUCUUCUGUCUCUCUAAACCUUUAUUUUGAAAACCCACGUCUCUCCUGUCUCUCUUGCUCUCUCUCUCUCAGAGGAUUGAAUCUGUUUGAUUGAAAAAAAAAGAUGAGUUCUCUCUCUCGAUUCUUCUUCAGUCUUUUACUCAGUGAUUCUUCUUUGAUUCUUUUUCAGUUCGGUGAUUCAUCUCAGGAUUGCGAUUUCGAAGUUCGAUUUUGAGCACAGCUUAUCAAAUUAUCGCAGAGAUUUAGUUGCUUAUCAAUGGAAUCGUCAUAAAUCGAAGUUCUCUCUCGAAAUCGAAGUGAUUCAUCAGAGCGAUUUCGAAGUUCAUAUCAGCGAUUCAGAUCUGUCUCAGCGAUUCAGAUCUCGAAAUCGAAGUUCAUAUCACUUCGAUUUCAUAUUGCGAUUCAGAUCUAAGUUCAUAUCGCUUCGAUUUCGAUUCAAAUCUGAGUUCAUAUCACUUCGAUUUCGAUUCAGAUCGCGAUUCAGAUCUCAGCUAUUCAGAUCGGUAUCGGUGAUUCAUAUCUCAAAAUCGAAAUCGAAGUUCUUCUCAGCUAUUCAGAUCGGUGAGCUCCACUCUCUCUCUCUCUCUCUCUGUGCUGUCUAAACCCUAAUUAUUGCAGAGAUUCAGCUCGGUGAUUCAGAGAUUCAGAUCAGUCUCAACGAUUCACAUCGGUUAUUCAUCAGAGCGAUUUCGAAGUUCUCUCUCGAAAUCGAAAUCGAAGUUAAUCUCAGCGAUUCCGAUAGUGCAUUCUUGCAUCUGAAGAGAACGAAGAAGCUAUUUUGUGGAGCCAUCAAAGCGAGGAAGAUAUUGUGUUGUUUUUGAUCCAUUGGAUGGUUCCUCAAGCAUCGACUGUGGUGUUUCAGUUGGAACUAUCUUUGGGAUUUAUAUGGUGAAGGAUAAGGAGAAUCCAACUCUUGACGAUGUAUUGCAAUCCGGAAAGAAUUUGUUGGCUGCAGGUUAUUGCAUGUGUGGAAGCUCUUGCAUGCUAGUCCUUAGCACUGGAAAUGGCGUCAAUGGCUUCACGCUCGAUCCAUCUAUUGGGGAGUUUAUAUUAACUCACCCAGAUAUCAAGGCUCCAAAGAAAGGAAAGAUCUAUUCAACAAAUGAAGGAAAUGCCCAGUAUUGGGAUGAACCAACCACAAAGUAUGUUGAAAAUAGCAAGUUCCCUAAGGAUGGUUCAUCACCAAAGUCCCUAAGAUACAUUGGAAGACUUCCAAGGUUAGAGCAGGGUCAAACCAAGAUAAAAAAUGUUCCAAUUGCUGUCACCCCAGAAGGAUUCUGGUGCUGCCCUUCUCCUGUUGUGUUUCAAAAGCCCCCCAAGAACCAAAAUCCUCUGAACAAUCCCAAACCAUCCCCACCAAUACCCAAGACGUCUUUUCAGAAGAAACAAACCCCAUUAACCAAGAAAAAGCCAACAUUGAUUCCGUCCCGACCAGGACUUGUUUCUGAUGAACAAAGAAAUCCCGGCUCUGAUACACCUGUUCUUAAUGCACCUGUAGUUAAUGAGAGAAUGCCACGGCCCAAGGUUGAAAAUUUUCCGAGGAAGGUGUCAAUUGAGUUUGGUGAACUGGGAACUAGUGAUUUGAAGGUAGUUUUGCUUGGCAAGCAGGGCUUUGCAGUGAGGUUGAGUGUGCACAAGAAUGUUCUUGUAGAAUAUAGCAGUUUUUUCGCAGACAGAUUGUUAGAGCAGCCGCCUGGUUUACUUGGUCUUGAAAUUGAUGAUUGUGAGGAUGUUGAAAUAUAUGUUGAAACUGUGGGACUGAUGUAUUGCAAAGAUUUGAAGCAGCGGUUGAUUAAGCAAAACGUUUCACGCGUUCUGCGUAUCCUCAAGGAAACCAUGGAACAGGUGUCAGAGAAAAAAUUUCCUUUCAAUGCAGAAAAUUACAAAUUAUAUGAAGAAGUUGGAGAAGGUGUCAGCGCCACUGUUCACCGGGCUCUCUGCAUUCCUCUGCAUGAGAUAGUUGCCAUCAAGGUUCUUGAUCUGGAGAAGUGUAAUAAUGACCUGGUAUAUGUUAGCUGCUUUAUUUAUAUUAUUCUGACACAUUUAGUUUAUUAUUGCAUUUAGCUAUGGUUUUACUGUACUUGGUUAUUUUUCAUAAUAUUGUUAUUUUUCAGCUUUAUUACAAGUAUGUUUUUUAGUUAAAUAUAAUUGGUACUUUUACACGUUAACUGUCAAACUUCUAACAGUUUCUCAACCAAGAUAAAUAAAUGAUUAAUAAGGUAACAAAUAUUGGGUCAUGAAAAUUCGGCAUAAUGUUUUACUGGCCAUCUUAUGAAUUGUCAUGUUGGUAGGCAUGAUAAAAAUUAAUUGCGUGGGUGGUUACGCCUUAAAGGUACUACAUGAGUUCGUUCUGUUACUUUUCCUUUUUUCUUUGAUUGAGGGUCAUAGAAGACAUGUUGAUGCAUGACAAGAACAUUAGAGCAACUUCAUUGAUGUAGUAUUUAGGUGUAGCAGUACUAAAGAAGCACAACACAACGUAAAACACUCCGACAAUGUAGAAUAUGGUCUGCUAAAAAUAGCACAUAUUUUGUACUACACCAGUGGAGCAAUUUACAAAGAGACGUCUCACCUACCACCUUGCCCUCUCUACAGAUUUGAAGAAUUAAUAUUGUGACUGCUAAAGAAAAUCUUUUAACUGAAUGCCAUCAAUAGCUCAUAUUGAAUGCUAGUGACAGUGAUUGACUGAUUUUAUUUUAUCUUUCCUUCUCGACACUUGUUUGAAUGAAAUAAACCAUUCUAUGAUUUUACUUCAUAGGUUGAUAUUCAU